UUGCGGAGCGCCAGUCCGCUCCCAGGGCAUCACCGCGGUGCUGCAGUGGUUGGCUGCCCUGUGGGACCCAGAAGGCUGGGUGUGCGCGCGUGGGCCGCAGCUCUUUAAAGAUCUCUAGAGUCGGGGCAGGGGGCGACUCUAGAUCCCCAGUGAUAGUGCCUGCUAACCUUGAAAAGAGGGACUUGUGUCUCGCAAAGUUCAGAGCUAAGGGGUUAGGAAAAGACAGAACAGCUGGAGACAAGAGCAACUGAGGCCGAAGGAGAAGCUGGUGCGAAAGCUCCUGUUGAGUUAAGAGGAGCCUUCAAGCGCGGAGAUUCUUGCGGGGGCAGCUAGGUGCCCAGCACUCGGCCAGCAAGCGGUGGAUCGUCGGGCUGGGUCUUCUAGCACCUUGGGUCACGCCUCCUUGGCAAGAAGGCACCUCGCCUUUGAUUGCUUCCAGUUAUUGCAGAACUUCCUGCCCUGGUGGAGAAGCGGGUCUCGCUGGGGUCGCCCUCGCGUCUGGCUUGAGGCUUGAGACUGAGUGCGCACAGUCUUGGGUGCCUGUUCCAAGGAGGGUUGGGGAACUGUGUCUUUGAGGAGCCCACGCGCCCCACGUGAGGGGUUCAGUGUUGGCGUCCUCCCUCUCCUGCAUUCACACCCCCGGGACUUUUCCCCUCUCCCGGAACCCCUCAUCAGGAGAUGGCGGUGCUGAUGAGGCGCAAGGAUUCAUCCGGCUGCCUACUCCUACUGGCCGCGGUGCUGAUGGUGGAGAGCUCUCAGCUCGGAAACUCGCGGGCCAAACUCAACUCCAUCAAGUCCUCUCUGGGCGAGGAGACGCCUGCCCAGGCCGCCAAUCGAUCUGCGGGCGUAUUCCAAGGACUGGCUUUCGGAGGCAGUAAGAAAGGCAAAAGCCUGGGGCAGGUAGGAAAACCCCCCAAACACACACUUCAACCAGGAGAGGCCUAUCCUUGCAGCAGUGAUAAGGAAUGUGAAGUUGGAAGAUACUGCCAUAGUCCGCACCAAGGAUCAUCAGCUUGCAUGGUGUGUCGAAGGAAAAAGAAGCGUUGCCAUAGAGAUGGCAUGUGUUGCGCUGGUACCCGCUGCAAUAACGGCAUCUGCAUCCCAGUCACUGAGAGCAUCCUGACCGCUCACAUCCCAGCCCUGGAUGGCACUCGGCACCGAGAUCGAAACCACGGUCACUAUUCAAAUCAUGACUUGGAAUGGCAGAAUUUAGGAAGGUCGCACACCAAAAUGUCUCAUAUAAAAGGACAUGAAGGAGACCCCUGCCUGCGAUCAUCAGACUGCACUGAUGGGUUUUGCUGUGCUCGCCAUUUCUGGACCAAAAUCUGCAAACCAGUACUCCAUCAGGGGGAAGUUUGUACCAAGCAGCGCAAGAAGGGCUCUCAUGGACUAGAGAUUUUUCAGCGGUGUGACUGUGCGAAGGGCCUAUCCUGCAAAGUAUGGAAGGAUGCUACCUACUCUUCCAAAGCCAGACUCCAUGUGUGUCAGAAAAUCUGAUGAGCACGGGGGGAAAUUCAACACGAGCAGACUGUGAACUUGUGUAUUUAAUGCAUUAUGGCAUGAUGGAAAAUAAUGUUUGGAGUGCAGGAGUGAGGGAGGUGGUAAGGGUGCGGAGCACAGAAAGGAAGAAAAGCAGAACCGGAUGGAGCAGUUAGUGAUGGCGGAAGCACAACCAGUGUUUCCAUUAUGCAACUCGUUUAUGUAAAUAAUGUACACAUUUGUGAAAAUGCUGUUAUUAAAAGAAAGCACAGAGUGGACAUUGUUGACGAAUACCACCCGACUUUCCAAGAGUUUAAUUUGUGCUGAAGGAGACAUUUCCUUCAGAUUGGGGAUGGCCUAUAAAAAUAAUGUAAAAGCCAUAUUUCUAUUCAAAGUUGAAAACAAGCAACAUGGUUAAUUUGCAUCAUCACAAAGUCAUCUUUUAGUUAGGAACUCUGACUACCUUUUUUACAAGAAAAAACGGACAAUAUUUGCCAAGUCUUUUCAAGAUAGCCACUAGAAAAAAGGUCAAUUUGCUUCUCUUCAAAGUGCUCAUUUUCCCAGAAUUUAAUUUCACCUAUAGUUAAUAAAGAUAUAUAUAUAGAUAUAUAUAUAUAU